GGGCGGAGCUCCGGGGCAGCCGCCAUGAAACGGGACCGGCUCGGCCGCUUCCUGUCGCCUGGGGCUGCUCGGCUGCGCGGGGGCUCGGGCGGCGGCCGGACCCGGGGACGCCCCGCCCGCAGCGGGUCGAGCGUGGACGAGGCGGCGGCCUUAGUGGCUUCGCGGCUGCGUUGGGGGCCGGCGCAGGCCUGCGAGGACGGCGCCGACGAGGCAGGAGCAGGCCGGGCUCUAGCCAUGGGGCACUGCCGCCUCUGCCACGGGAAGUUCUCCGCACGGAGUCUCCGCAGCAUCACUGGCCGGGCACCUGGGCAGAGCUCGGAGAGACCACCCCCAGGGGAACGUGUUUUCAUCAGGGAUUUCCAGCACCUGUUGGGCGUGGCGGUCCACCAGGACCCAGCCCUGUCUCAGUUUGUCUGCAAGAACUGCCACGCCCAGUUCUACCAGUGCCACGGCCUCCUCAAGUCCUUUCUGCAGAGAGUCAACGUGUCCCCGAUGAGCCCCCGGAAGCCCUGUGCACAGGUGGGUGCCCAGCCCCCGGCAGAGGCGGAGGAGGGAGCGUGUCUGGUGGACCUGAUCGCCUCGAGCCCCGAAGGCCUGCGUGGCCUGGUGGGGUGGGUGCACGGACAUGCGGCCAGCUGCGGGGCCCUGCCCAGCCUGCAGAGGACGCUGUCCUCCGAGUACUGCGGUGUCAUCCAGGCCGUGUGGGGCUGUGACCGCGGACAUGACUACACAAUGGACACCGACUCCAGCUGCGGGGCGCUCUGGCUGGACAGCGCGCUGGCGGUCAAGUGGGCGUGGGGCAAGGAGACGGCCCCACGGCUCCCUCAGCAUCGGAGGUCCAACCCCACCGGGGCUGCUCCUCCGAGCUCCCAGGGCAAAGCGACCGCAGCCUGGGCUGAGGCCGAGACGCUGCCCCACACAGACGCGGCCCCACCUCCUUCAGACGGCAGCCCUGUGGGGUGUGGGCCGAGCCCCCUGCCUCAGUCCAGCCUCCCCCCGAGCGGGGCCCCAGGGCAGUUGGGUGAGAAGCAGUUCCCAUCUUCAACCUCGGAUGAUCGGGUAAAAGACGAGUUCAGUGACCUUUCUGAGGGGGACGUGCUGAGUGAAGACGACAACGACAAGAAGCAGAACACACAGUCCUCAGAUGAGUCCUUCGAGCCUUACCCAGAAAAGAAGGUUGCUGGUAAGAAGAACGGAAGCAAAGAAGCAAAGAAGCCUGAAGAACCAAAAAUCCGAAAGAAGCCUGGACCGAAGCCAGGCUGGAAGAACAAGCUCCGCUGUGAGAGGGAGGAGCUGCCCACCAUCUACAAGUGCCCGUACCAGGGCUGCACAGCCGUGUACCGAGGGGCGGACGGCAUGAAGAAGCAUAUCAAGGAGCACCAUGAAGAGGUCCGCGAGAGGCCCUGCCCCCACCCUGGCUGCAACAAGGUGUUCAUGAUUGACCGCUACCUUCAGCGGCACGUGAAGCUCAUCCACACAGAGGUGCGGAACUACAUCUGCGAUGAGUGUGGACAGACCUUCAAGCAGCGGAAGCACCUCCUUGUCCACCAGAUGCGGCACUCAGGAGCCAAGCCUCUGCAGUGUGAAGUCUGUGGGUUCCAGUGCCGGCAGCGGGCAUCCCUCAAGUACCACAUGACCAAACACAAGGCCGAGACUGAGCUGGACUUUGCCUGCGACCAGUGUGGCCGGCGGUUUGAGAAGGCACACAACCUCAAUGUGCACAUGUCCAUGGUCCACCCUCUGACACAGACCCAGGACAAGGCCCUGCCCCUGGAGCCACCACCUGGGGCCACCGAGGGUCAGGCCGUGAAGCCUGAGCCCACUUGAGGGGGCACCUGAACUCACAGACGGUAGAUGGGGUCACAGGACGACUUCUGUAGUUCCUGCGUGUGACCUGAUGGCUCAUCCUGAGAGCCCCACGCUGAGGCCCAGCUUUGGGCUGGGAUGUAGGGAGCUUGGUGCAAGGCCCAGGUAGCCUUGGUGUCCACUCUGGGACCAGCAUUUUAUUUUCCUACUUGACUUGGGGCCAGAUGCAAAUUUUAAAUAAUUGAAUCCUGUUACCCCCUGAAGCAAUCAAGGAGAUUUGUAAUCCACUGUUCAGUGUGACAAGACGUCCACAUCGCUCUCGUAAUAAAUUAUUUACA